AUGAUGAUCCCACGCUCCUUUGCUCAGAAUCCUCUGAUGCAGAGGCAACACAUUGAUUUCAAUGAGAAGGACCACUUAUCCAAAAGGAAACCCAACGGCAUUUCUUCACCUUCACCACCUCGUUCAGCCCUAUCCCAGCGACUCUCCCAACAGACCGGCGAUUCCGGCUACAAGCCUCAUUCUGAUCCCGUCAAGAUUCCACCCCCUACCGAGAAGAGAAGCUUAACUCCGUCUCGCCGAUCCGAACCUUCAUCGCGACAGAUACCAAGAUCCGUUCCCACUCCUCAAGCGCAGGAUAUACCCAAGAGGAAGGAGUCGGUUCAAGAUAUCCUCUCGUCGACCACCAUACCUAUCCGAAGAAAGCAGAAACCCCGGCCUAGCCAACGACUGCCCAAGUGCGAUUACGUGGCCGACUUUAGUAAACUCCUUCGAGAUGAUGUUCAGCCGAGCGGUGAUGGAAGUUUGUCCGGAAGUUGGACGAAUCCGCAAUUUGAGGGACUCUUCGGCAAUAUUGACGGACUGGUGGAAGGUCAAAUGAUUGUGGGGAGUGAAGGGGUGGAUGCUGGCAUGCUGUCAACCAGAUCCAUCUCAAGCGAAUCUAUGCCUUCGCUGGCUUCUCCGGACGAUGAUAGCGCCACAGAUGUUGCUAGCGUUUCUCCGGCUACCAUUCGAUCUCCCUCCGAUCAUCGACUACGACAAAUGGCCAGCUCCGAAGAUUGCAGCAAUCAACAUCCACUCCUCGCUUUGGAUGAAGAUGACGAUUAUAGUGGGACUUCUACACCGGAACUGGCCAUGUCGCCUCCUUCAAGACUGAAGCGGAAACCAGUGCUGGCAGAGAAGCGACAAAGCUCGUUCAAAUCUAGUCUGACAGCGUCUCUCAAGGCUCUCAAAUCUGCUGCGCAAACCAUGUCCAACAUUGCCAGCACGCCUCCUCUUGUCCAAUCCGACGAUUUUCUGACCAAAUCCAUCUUUGAUUUCCAACCAGCCUUGACUGAUGAUCGACGACCUCCGCCGUCGGACGAACCUCCAUCAGCGGCUCUGAGAAGAUACCUGAAUCCCCACUCCAUGGUCCCUUCUGAUUCACCAGCACAACUCCACUUUUGGGUUGAUGAAAAACCAAGUCCCCCUUCUUCGUCCGAAAUCAGACCGAAAUUGAAGAUCAAGAAGAAGUAUCAAAACCAGAACUUACCAUCAUCUCCCGACGACCAGAUCAGAUUCAAGAGACCAAAAAGUACCGCCUCUCAACUUCCCCCAAUCGUUCCAUUGGCCACCUGCAUCCCAUCCAGCAUCCGUACAGCGCACGCAUCAAGUCCACCGACCUGGCUUGAACCCGACGGUACUCCCAGCAACAAACACCGCGCCGCCCAAGCGCUUUGGGAAGGAGCGGAGGAUGGGACCAACGGAGAGGGUCAACCCCGAACACGUGAACCGCGUGAAAACAGGGAUUUCUUGCGUGUCUUCGUCUGUGAGAUGAACAUGCGCAAAAAGGGGAAGUUGAGCGACGAAGCCGUUGGACAUGCGAGAUUGUGGCUGCCGCCAGUUGACGAAGGAGAGAAAGACAAAGAUAAAAUGGAAGGCCCUAAGGCUCCAAGGAAGACCGGACUAGACAGAUGGGCGAGUUGGUCCAGUGAGGAUUUGUGA